ACUCACCCACCCGCCCGCCUAGCAAACUCUCUUAUGGCAAAUGGUUUACUUGGAUUUUUACGAGGCAAUCUUUGGUAAUGUCAACUAUGGUUGGAGUUGCUUAAUAAGCCCACACAAAACACAUUCAACCUCUACAAUGACAAUCUCAGCUCUGUCACUAAACACACUCUCUUACUCGAAUUUUAAUACCAACAACUUGUUCACAAAUGCAACCACAGAGUCACCUCACCUACUCUCUCUUCUACCCAAAUGUACUUCCCUCAAAGAACUAGAGCAAAUCCAAGCCUUUUCCAUAAAAACCCAACUCCAAAAUGACACCAGUGUAAUCACCAAGCUCAUUAAUGUAUGUACUCUUAAUCCCACCAGUGCCUCCAUGGUUCAUGCCCAUCUAUUGUUCGACAGAAUUCCCCAGCCAGACAUUGUCGUCUGCAACUUCAUGGCCCGUGGCUAUGCCCGCAGUGACACCCCACUUCGUGCUUUUGUGCUUUUCGCGCAAAUUUUAUGUUUUGACCUUGUCCCUGAUUACUAUACUUUCCCUUCUCUCUUCAAGGCAUGUGCGAGUGCCAAAGCUUUACAAGAAGGCAAACAAUUGCAUUGCCUUUCUAUAAAACAUGGGCUAAACCUUGACAUAUAUGUGUGUCCUGCUCUAGUGAAUAUGUACACUGAGUGCAAUGACAUUUGUUCAGCUCGUUGUGUAUUUGAUAGGAUAUUGGAACCUUGUGUGGUAACUUAUAAUGCGAUGAUAACUGGUUAUGUUAGAACUAGUCAGCCAAAUGAGGCGUUGUCGUUGUUUCAGGAUUUGCAAGAGAGAACUAUUAAGCCAACUGAUGUUACAAUGCUUAGCAUUCUUUCAUCCUGUGCUUUAUUAGGAGCAUUGGACAUAGGAAAGUGGAUGCAUGAGUAUGUUAAGGAGAAUGGGUUUGAUCAAUAUGUUAAGGUGAACACUGCACUUAUUGAUAUGUAUGCAAAGUGUGGGAGCUUGGACGAUGCAGUUUCUGUAUUUGAGCACAUGGUUUUUAGAGAUACUCCGGCAUGGUCAGCAAUGAUUGUGGCUUAUGCUUUUCAUGGCCAUGGUUACCAAGCCAUAUCGAUGUUUAAAGAGAUGAGAAGGGCUCAAGUUCAACCUGAUGGGAUAACUUUUUUGGGUCUUUUGUAUGCGUGCAAUCACAGUGGACUGGUUGAGGAUGGUUGGAGAUAUUUGUACAAUAUGAGAGACAAAUAUGGCAUUGUUCCUGGGAUAAAGCAUUAUGGUUGCAUGGUGGAUUUGUUAGCUCGAGCUGGCCACUUAAAUGAUGCUUAUAGGUUCAUAGAAGAACUGCCAAUUGAGCCCACACCAAUACUUUGGAGGACAUUGUUAGCUGCUUGUGGCAGCCAUGGAAACAUAGAAUUAGGGAAGCGUGUAAUUGAGCAUAUUUUUCAAUUGGAUGAAUCUCAUGGUGGGGAUUACGUGAUCUUCUCAAACAUGUGUGCAAAAUCUGGGAGGUGGGAAGAUGUCAACUAUGUCAGAAAGCUGAUGAAAGAUAGAGGAGUGGUAAAGGUACCUGGGUGUAGCUCAAUAGAGGUGAACAAUGUAGUGCAUGAAUUCUUCUCUGGGGAUGGGACACGAAUCGAGUAUAGAGAGCUGCACCAGGCACUUGAUAAGUUGGUUGGGGAAUUGAAACUAGUUGGGUACAUUCCUGAUACUUCUUUGGUACUUCACCCAGACAUGGAAGAGGAAGAGAAAGAAGCAACCCUUAGAUAUCAUAGUGAGAAAAUGGCUAUUGCUUUUGGUCUCCUAAACAGUCCCCCUGGAACAACUAUUCGUGUUGUGAAGAACCUUAGAAUCUGCAAGGAUUGCCAUUCUGCUGCCAAACUUUUAUCAUCUAUCUUCCGUAGACGUAUAAUUGUCAGAGAUAUGCAGCGGUUCCAUCAUUUUGAAGCUCGAAACAAAUUCAAACCAGAGAGAGAGAGAGAGAGAGAAAGAGAGAUGGAGAAGAAAUUCAGCAUUGCAAUGUUAACUAAGCUCUGGAUAGUCCAGUGGGUAUCACUUUUAUGUGCUGCUCAAGGUUUCGAUUUCUUCUACUUUGUCCAACAGUGGCCAGGAUCAUAUUGCGACACAAAGCAAAGUUGUUGCUACCCUACGACAGGAAAGCCAGCAGCAGAUUUUGGCAUUCAUGGACUUUGGCCAAACAACAAUGAUGGCUCUUACCCAUCCAACUGUGAUCCUAACAGCCCGUAUAAGCAAUCCGAGAUAUCUGACUUGAUCAGCAGAAUGCAAAGUAAUUGGCCAACACUGGCUUGCCCCAGCGGCAGUGGUUCAACAUUUUGGUCACAUGAAUGGGAUAAACAUGGCACAUGCUCUGAGUCUGUCCUCGACCAACAUGGCUACUUCAAAUCAGCUCUUGACCUCAAGCAGAAACUAGGUCUCCUCCAAAUACUUCGGAAUGCAGGUAUCAACCCAGAUGGGGGUCUAUACAGCUUAAGUAGCAUUAAAGGAGCUAUAAAAAACUCAAUAGGGUACACUCCUUGGAUUGAAUGCAAUGUUGAUGCAUCUGGUAACAGCCAGCUUUACCAGAUUUAUACUUGUGUGGACACUUCAGGGUCCAAGCUCAUAGAAUGCCCUGUUUUUCCCAGUGGGAAAUGUGGUACCAACAUUGAGUUCCCUUCAUUCUAGACAUGUAUUGAGGGGUAGUCUCAUCAUCUCUCUCUGGUUCCAUCAUAUGCUUGAUUAUGGCCAUUUGUAUUGAAUACUCAUUUGAAUCUUCAAUAAAAGUUGUUGAUCUAACUCU